UUCUUUCCUACCCCCCCCCCAGGCCCCAACUGCCCCCUCGCAGCUCCCCAGCUCGCGCGCCGUGGGCCCUACCCGACCUCCGCACUUUCUGCAUCUCGGCCUUGCAUUCCCCUUCCAGGCUCCUUCUGCUAAAAAUCCUCUUUCCUCCUGAAUUGUUGUAUUUUAGGGGACCCAGUUUUGUCUCUUUUUCGGAUAUUCGAGCAAAACCAACGUCUCUCCUAUUUUCCUUGAUUACCCCCUCGCCCCCUCCUUUUAGGGCAGAAGAAGUUGGAUGAGUGUCUUGAAUUUACCAUCACGUCUUCCAAGAGGAAAUACCCAAUGAUCUGUCACCUGAACCCCCCUCUUUGUGGGGCCUAAAUUGAACCCUCUUCUUCCCGGGAGAUUUAUUCACUUGCUUUUCUGGAGUUCUAAACCUCAAGAGCACUUUCCUCGACUCCUUACCCAGCCUAGCUCCACGGGAGAGAGCUCUUGGUUACAACCUGGCAGUAGAAAGCCAUGGACCAGUACAGCUUGGGGGAUGAGGGCACCCUUCCAUCAGAGAUGCAUCUCCCUUCGUUUUCUGAGAGCCAGGGGCUCAACUGCAGCGACACCCUCAACCGGGACCUGGGUCCCAGCACGCGAGACCUGCUGUACUCUGGCCUGGGUAGUUUGGACCUGGAUCCCAGCCUUCCAACACCCGACGUGCCUAGUGAGGCACUGGAGGACAACUUAGAUGCCCUGUCCCUGUACUCAGGAAAGGACAGUGACUCCGUGAAGCUGCUGGAGGAGUAUGCAGAUCCGGAGUCUCAGACUUCCUUACAUGAACUGGGACUAGGCUCGCUUAAGAUGCCUAAAGAGGCUGAUGAAGGAGGCAGGGCUGCCUCUGGGAGUGCGAGGAAAGGAAAGCGGCAGCACAGCUCCCCUCAGAACCCACUUCUGGACUGCAGCCUCUGUGGGAAGGUGUUCAGCAGCGCCAGCUCUCUUAGCAAACACUACUUGACGCACAGCCAGGAAAGGAAACACGUUUGCAAAAUCUGCAGCAAGGCCUUUAAACGUCAGGACCACCUGACCGGGCACAUGCUCACCCACCAGAAGACCAAGCCCUUCGUGUGCAUCGAGCAAGGCUGCAGCAAGAGUUACUGCGACUACCGCUCUCUGCGCCGCCACUACGAGGUCCAGCAUGGCCUGUGCAUCCUGAAGGAGGCCCCCUCAGAGGAAGAAGCCUGCGGGGACUCCCCCCACACCCAUGAAGCGGCUGGUCAAGCAGCAACUGGUGGUGUACGGGCCCUGGUCUCCCCGGAAGCCAGGUCGCCCGGCUCCCUAUUACCCAACCGAGACCUACUUCGCUGUAUCGUGAGCAGCAUCGUCCACCAGAAGAUUCCUUCUCCUGGCCCAGCCCUGGCAGGGCCUUCAGACAGCAGUGAAGGGAGGAACGUGGCCUGUCCCUGCCCACCCUCAUCAGGGUCCUGCACCCCAGCCAGUGUUCCCAUGGCCUCAGGAACCCUGGGCCCUGAAGUUCCUGAGGAACCCCAUCCCCUGUGGAAGGAGUCAGCAGCUGAUGGGCUCACCACUGUCCACUCCAGGGCAGCAGAGAAUGGCGGCCCUGAGCGAGCAGAGUCGGAGCCUCCCCUGCUCCAGCUCCCAUCCACCCUGGAAGGCUGGCCCGAGGGCAGCCCUCUGCCUGCCUGUCUGCCUCUGUUCCGAGGCCAGACAGUUCCUACUGGUCCACAGUCUUCUGGCCACAACUUCCAGUGGCUCCGAAACCUGCCAGGCUGCCCCAAGAGCAAAGGGAGCAAUGUGUUCGUGGUCCACAAGGCCCCUGGCGUGCCACCCCGUGAGGGCUCUGAGUCUGGCCCCGCGCCCAGCAGCGCCUCUCCUGAGGGGCAGCUCUCACCCAGGUCCGGCCCCAGUCUGGAGGACUCCCUUCUCUUACCCCCCACACACCUGAAGGCACCCGGGGAGGCCUUGGGAGACCCUAGAUAUGCAGGUGGGGAAGACGCCAUGUGGGCUUCUAAGAAAAGCAAGUUUGACUGCGACUCCUUCUCCUGGCAGAACCCGGGGGAGCCAGGGCUCCAGGAUGCCCAGAAGUCCAGUGGGCUCCCAUCGGAUGCCACACCGCUCUUCCGGCAGCUGUUCUUGAAGUCUCAGGAGUCUCUGAUGAGCCAUGAGCAAAUGCAAGUGUUCCAGAUGAUCACCAAGUCCCAGCGAAUCUUCUCCCAUGCCCAGGUGGCUGCGGCUUCCUCCCAGCUGCCUGGGCCGGAGGGCAAGCAGGCCACCUUGAAGCCACUGCAGGGGCCGUGGCCUCCGCAGCCCCUGCCACUGACUUCUUUGGCUGAUUCUCUUCAUGCUGAUCCUGGAAACCCAGAGCUUGAGGGAUCCCCGGCCCGCCGGAGGAAAACCACAUCUGCGUUUCCCAAAGAGGCUUCUCCUGGCAGCAGCUGGCGUGAUGCUAAGGGAGGACCAAAAGUGGGCCCUGCUCCACCAUCCCUCUCAGCGUCAGCUCUGGACCCUCCCGGGAAUCCCAACAUCUCCUCUCUGGCCAAGCAGUUGAGAUCCAUGAAAGGGACCUUGGACCUGGGGGACAUCUUCCCCUCCGGGGGCCCACGGCAGGCCUUGUUGGGUGGGGAUGAGCCACCAGGCACCCAGCUCCCUGGGAAGCAGGCCCAGGCUGAGAAUGGCUUGGCCUCUGGAACCAUGAAAGGUGAAAAAGGCACAGCAUGCUCCCGGGGAGGAGGUUACAGGCUCUUCUCCGGCAACCCCAGGGCUCAGCGUUUCUCAGGCUUCCGUAAGGAGAAGGUGAAGAUGGACAUGUGCUGUGCGGCUUCUCCCAGCCAGGUAGCCAUGGCUUCCUUCUCCUCUGCCGGGCCCCCAGUGGAUGCCCCCCGGGACUCCAAGUCCAAGUUGACGAUACUCAACAGAAUCCAGGGUGGAAGUAUCUACAGGCUUCCCCAUCAGAUGAAGGAGGAGAGCGUGGCAGGAGGAUGUAGCCAGCAAAAUGGGGUCCCUCCAGACUGGGUGGAGUCAAGGAGCACUUUUGUCUGCAAGAACUGUAGCCAGAUGUUCUAUACGGAGAAAGGACUGGGCAGCCACAUGUGUUUUCACAGCGACCAGUGGCCAUCACCCCGAGGGAAGCAGGAGCAGCAGGUGUUUGGCACAGAGUUUUGCAGGCCAGCAAGACAGGUACUGCAGCCAGAGGGGGAUGGGCAGAGCCCCCUAGGAGCCAAGAAGGCCUUGGACAGCACAGCCACAGCCUCAGCCUCUUUGGUGAUCCCUGUGGCUCCAGCCAGCCGGCCCCUGGGGAACUCGGCCAAGGGACAAGAGAAAGACAGGGAGGAGAGAGACAUCAAGGACAGCAACCAACAUAGAAAGCGGAAGAAGCGGUCCCAGCCCAAGUCACUGUUCCUUCCUCCGGCACCAGUGACGAUUGGGGAGCCAGGUCCGGGAGGAUGCCACCAGAGCUGCCUGCGGUCCCCAGUGUUCCUAGUGGACCACCUCCUGAAGGGAUUGUUCCAGUGCUCUCCUUACACACCACCCCCCAUGCUGAGCCCCAUCCGGGAGGGGUCUGGGCUGUACUUCAACACUCUGUGUUCCACAUCUGCGCAGGCUGGGCCUGACCAGCUCAUCAGCACCGUGCUUGACCAAGUGGAUGGCGCUUUUGGCAUCUGUGUGGUGAAGGAUGACACCAAGAUCAGCAUUGAACCACACAUCAACAUAGGAAGCCGGUUUCAGGCAGAGAUCCCAGAGCUUCGGGAGAGGUCGCUGGCCGGAAUCGAGGAGCAUAUAGCAUCUCUGGUCUGGAAGCCGUGGGGAGAUGUGAUGACUAACCCAGAAACACAGGAUCGAGUGACCGAGCUCUGCAAUGUGGCCUGCUCUAGUGUGAUGCCGGGUGGGGGCACCAACCUGGAGCUCGCUCUGCACUGUCUGCACGAAGCCAAGGGCGACAUCCAGGUUGCCCUGGAGACCCUCUUACUCAGAGGACCCCAGAAGCCUCGGACUCACCCCCUGGCUGACUACCGCUACACGGGUUCAGACAUCUGGUCGCCCAUGGAGAAGAGGCUAUUUAAGAAGGCAUUCUGUGCCCACAAGAAGGACUUUUACUUAAUACACAAGACGAUCCAGACAAAGACUGUAGCCCAGUGUAUUGAGUAUUAUUAUAUCUGGAAGAAAAUGAUCAAGUUCGACUGUGGCCGAGCCCUGGGGCUAGAAAAGAGGGUCAAGAGAGAGCCAGAUGAGGCAGACAGGACAGAAGCGAAGGUCACUUGCAGCCCUCGAGAGAGACCCAGCCACCGACCAACUCCUGAGUUAAAGAUAAAGACCAAGAAUUACAGGAGGGAGUCGAUCCUCAACUCCAGCCCAAACUCAGGCCCCAAGAGGACCCCUGAGCCACCCGGGAGUGUGGAGGGCCAGGGUGUUUUUCCCUGCAGAGAGUGUGAAAGGGUAUUUGACAAGAUCAAAAGUCGAAAUGCCCACAUGAAGCGGCAUCGGCUCCAGGACCAUGUGGAGCCCAUUGUCAGGGUGAAGUGGCCUGUGAAGCCCUUUCAACUGAAGGAGGAGGAAGAGGAUGAGGAGGAGAUAGGGUCAGACAUUGGCCCCCUGCAGUGGUGAUUCCCUAGUGGGAGCAGAAACAAAACAAGUCUCUCUUCAUCCUCUCCAGAGUACCUAGGGUACCCCUCUGCUUCCCCCCUUCCCAUACCCCAUUGGGCAGCUUACUUUGCAGAUAAAGCGGCAUUUGACUGUGAAACAGGCAGGAGAAGAACACGGUUAUGGGAUCCCCAUUCCGGGACCACCGAGGCCCAUUACCAGCACCAGAGGCUCUGUUCUCUUAGUUAAUAGUCUUUCAUCUGUCCCAGUUCCACUCCUCAAUGGGCAGGGAGGCUGGAGAGGGAACAGGUUAGAUCUGGAUAGCUCUUAAAUCUUCGUCUAGGUUUGGGGGUUUGGUUACAUGUGUUAGAUAAGGCCAAGACAUAGAGAAUCAGUGGGAAGAUACCUUCAGAUCUCCAGCAUUUGGGGGGGGGUUCCUCCCUAGGGGUCUCUCUGCAUUCCAGUUUCAGUCCCUAGUCUUGCAAAGACUUGUACAUUGUUAGGUUUUUUUGUACACCUCUACUUGUAAAUCUUAUUAAAUUGGGUUCUUGAGCCGCUGUCCUCUGGUUUCCCUGACCCAUUGAUCCAGCUGAGUAGCUCUGACCAGUUGCUGGAGCCAUGGAGAUGAGUAAGCUCUGGAGGAGCUAGGGGCCUGGUACAUUUGUUCAGCCAUCAUUUAUGAAGCAUCUACUAUAGCCUGUGCCAGACAGUGCCCCCUUCUUGCCACAGGGAUCAGUGAUCUGUGAUGGGCAAGCCCUCUCCUCCCAGGACUUACAUGUUAGGAGUAGAAAUAAGUGAACGUGAUUUAGAUACUGAAUGUGGGUAUGCUUUUGGCCAUAA